AUGGCGAAAUCACCACAGAUCGCAGUGGACACGGAUAUCUAUCUGACAGGCAAUUAUGGCGAUGACUGGCAGUCAGAGACAACGUCUAUCGGUUCUUCAAUCUAUCAUGGCCUGAUGGAAAAUGGCAGACGGAUUCCGUCCGAUGACCAAGCAUUUGAGUCCUACGAAGCUGGCCAUUUGCUCGCUAUGGUGUUAGAUUCGGACCGAGAAAACCCGCUCUUUAGAGCACCUGUGGGAAAGAACCCCAAGCAGAUCCUCGACAUUGGAACGGGCAAGGGUGACUGGGCUAUUGACGUUGCUGACAUGUUCCCAUCUGCAACUGUCCGAGGAGUCGACCUCUUCCCACCUCCCGUGACAUGGAUGCCGCCCAACUGCAUCCUUGAAGUCGACAACGUCUUAGAAGAAUGGACCUGGAGAGAACCUCACGACUUAAUCCACAUGCGGGUUAUGAUCGGCUCAUUCGAUCCCGCUGGAUGGGAUCACGUCUACACAAGCGCCUUUAAAUCCCUACGACCAGGAGGCUGGAUCGAACAACUCGAAGGUAGUCCCUGCAUCCAAUGUGACGACAACAGCCUGCCGGCAGAUAGUAUUUUGCGAAGCUGGGGGGAUAUUAUGAGCGGGUGCGGUGCGCGCGCCGGACGCUCGCUAGACACUAUCAAUACCAUGCGCAGCGCAAUGGAAAAGGCCGGGUUUGUGGAUUUCCAGGAGAAGACAUACCUGUGGCCGAUUGGGCCGUGGGCUCGCGAUCAGAAAUUUAAAGAGGCUGGCGUGGUUAAUUACCACCAUUGGCUUUCUGGUAUGGAGGGUUGGUGUAUGUGGUUGCUGACCCAUUUUGGUGCGCCGCAUCCUUGGUCAAAGGACGAGGUUACUGUUUAUUUGGCCAAGGUUCGGUCGGAGAUUAAGAAUCCAAGAUAUCAUCUUUAUCAGAAAGCACGACGUGUGUGGGCGCGCAAGCCUUUUCCCGGAGAGCUUACACCUGACAUGACUCCGAUCAAAAAGGAGGCGUGA